AUGGAUUCAACAAUUGCCCCCAAGCCACGGCCGCGACCCGCUCACACACAAGGAACUACUCGGUGUGCGUAUACUCCCGAUGGCAAUCGCCUCGUUACAGUUGGCUCGAAUAAUACAAUCCGUCUUUACAAGACAGGUUCCGAUGGAGAACCGAUCAAUAUCGAUGAUUGCCAGGAACAAAACAUGACAGUUGCUGCGGGAGACCAGUUCUUCGUUGUUGGAUCUGAAGACGGCACCGUCAGCUUAUACUCCCUCGAAACAAACAUCUUUGAGCGCUUCCUCACUCGAACAACGCUACCAAUUCGCGAUGUCGCUCUGACAGCUGAUAACCAAUGGUGUGCUGUCGCAAGUGAUGAGUUGAGCGUCAAGAUUGUCAACACCAAAGAUAUUUCACAAGUCAAGCAUCUGCGGGAACAUGCACGCGCUGUGCGAAACGUUAGCUUCGACCCUCAAGGGCGAUUGGUUGCGCUUUCUGGCACCGAUGGCAUCGUUUACGUCUAUUCUCUCACCGCCGAGGAGCCAGAGCUGAUUCGAAAGGUGGAAGGUGUCAUCGGUGUCGUGGAUGCAGAGAGCGAGAAGUCGACACGUGUGGCAUGGCACCCAGAUGGCAGGGCAUUCGCCGUACCGACUCCUAUGCGAGACAUCCAAAUCAUAUCCAAAAACGAUUGGGAAAAGCAACGAACCUUUGCCAAUGGCCACUUGUCUGACAUCACCGCCUUGGCUUGGUCGCCCAAUGGCGCAAUGCUAGCAUCGGCAAGCAAGGAUAACAAGGUGUUGAUCUGGGAGACGAGGACGCAGUCCGUCGUUGCCAGAUACGACUACUCUAAUGUCAUCGACCUAGCUUGGCACCCUACUAAGAACAUCAUCUCAUUCACAACAACUGACGGCGAGGUCUAUAUCUACCCCGAUUUCCUCACAGAUCAGUUCUCGACCUUACUCAAGCUCAACACACAACCAGCACCCUUCAUCCACGACCCCCUUGCUGAGAUUUCUGCGAACCGAAGACCGCCUCCUCAGAACGGGCAGAAACAACAUGGUCUGCCCACAAGACCAAGACGGGACUCCUUGGGAAGUCUUGACUCAUUCCUUGAAGGUGGUGAGGGAUACGGCGAUGACGACUUUGUUGAGGACGACGAUGGUGCUGGAUAUACUGCAGGCCUAGGCCAGAAACGAGGUCGGGACGAUGACGAUGGUCUUGGCUUUGCGAACAAGCGCCGUCAUCUGCUGGAGCCGCAAUACCACGAAUCUUUCCAGCCAGGCGCAACUCCCUGGCGAGGGAACCGCAAAUAUCUCUGCCUUAACUUAAUUGGCUUUGUUUGGACAGUCGAUCAGGACGGACACCACACCGUUACCGUCGAGUUUUACGACCACGAAUUUCAUCGAGACUUCCACUUUACAGACACAUUCCUCUACGACAAGGCCUGCUUGACCGAGCACGGCACUCUCUUCUCAUGCCCACCAAAGGAUGAUGCCCCUGCAGUUAUCUUCUACCGUCCACAUGAGACAUGGACACAGCGAUCUGACUGGCGCACCGAACUGCCUCGGGGAGAAGUCGUGACAGCCAUGUCGUUAAGUGAGUCGUUCAUCACCGUUACAACCAGUGCCAACUAUGUGCGAGUUUUUACUCUGUUUGGCAUGCCGUAUCGUGUUUAUCGACCAAAGAGCACGCCAAUGGUGACGUGCGCGAGCUGGAGGGAUUAUGUUAUAACUAUGGGCAAUGGACCCAUGGGCGCAGAUGGCAACACUCGCCUCCUGUACACCAUCGAGAAUGUCAAGAGAGACGAGAUUUGCCAGAACGAGGACACUGUAGCUCUUCCUGAAGGUGCCACACUCAAGAGUGUAUUCUUCUCAGACAACGGUGAUCCUUGUAUUUAUGACUCAACGGGAACUCUCCUUACACUCCUUCACUGGCGGCAGCCAUCAAGAGCAUCAUGGGUGCCUCUUCUGGACACCAAACUGAUGGAUCGCCUGGCGUCAGGACGCAAGAACGAGUCAUACUUUCCCAUUGCAGUGGCUGAUAACAAGUUUCACUGUAUUAUUCUCAAGGGAGGUGACCAGUACCCAUACUUUCCUCGCCCCCUCCUUUCCGAGUUUGACUUUUCCAUUCCCAUAUCAUCCGCCCCUAAGCCAUCGAAGCGUAAAGACAGGGAAGGAUCUGAGGAUCUUGACAUGGGUGACGGAGAUGAUGACAAGGACGAGGACGAGGAUGGAUCAUCAGAGACACGCAAGCUUGAGCAGCAGUUCAUGCUCCACGGUGUCAAGGCUGCUCAACUUCGAGAUCUCGUCGAGGCUACUUCAGGCAGCCACAACCAGCGCUCACAACUUUCACGUCUUGAGCUCGAGAUUGACAAGACCUUGCUGCAGCUCCUGGCGGUCGAGUGUCGUGAAGGCGAAGAGCGAGGUAUGCGUGCGCUUGAGAUGGUGCAGCUCAUGCGGGAUCGCACAGGCCGCAUGAUGGAGGCUGCUAGCAAAGUGGCAGAGCGGUAUGGAAGAACAAUUCUGGGAGACAAGAUUCGCGAAGUUGGAGAAAAGCGAGUCGAAGGGUUGGGAGACGAUGACUUUUGA